UGCUGUUUUGUCGACUUUGGUGCCGUGUUUGUUUACCAUGUGGUUCAAGUAGCAGGAAAUUGUAUAAUUAAAGACAAAAUGGCUGAAAGAGAAUUUUCAUGCAUAAAACAAGUGGUCAGGACAGUUCAAAUACCUCUUCCUGCAACGUUUAUAUCUAAUGAAAUCGCUGGCAUUACAGAAAUUUUAGAGAGUUGGAAGCGUCAGUACAAGAAGCAGCUUCAAGGUGUUGUUGUCAAUUACAGAAAUUUGUCGCUCUCAUCUCCUACCGGAUUCAUUGCUCCUAAUAAACCAUUUGUGUAUUAUAAUGUCAAAGCUACAUUUGACCUAUUUUGUCCGAAGCUUGGUGACAUUGUUAAGGGAAAGAUAAAUCGCAUAAGUAAGGAACACAUUGGAUGUCUUAUUGAAGAAACCAUAAAUGCCACUAUUCAUUUGUCCAAAGAUUCACCACAAGAUUUAUCACCAUUUAUAAAUAUUGAUCAGGAGAUUUUGUUUGAGAUUUCUAGUUUUAAUUAUGAGCGAAAAAUGAUACGUGUAACAGGUAAAAUUACUCCUAAGUGUAUCCAACUGAUGAGAGACUUGUUUCCUUCACAAGCAUGCAAUAGUUUAGUUGAUAAUCCUGAAAUAUCAAACAAUACAGAUGAAGGAAUUGGGACCAGCAAUGAGAGUGCUGAUGAUGGAGUGCUGAAUCGUAACUCGGAUGAGUCUAAAAUUAAUAGUAACGAUGUGAAUUUUAAAAAACCUUUUUCAAGAGAUAUCAAAUCUAAAAAGCAGUCUUCUAAAAGGUCUAAAAGUGAUAGCGAAUCUUCCUCCAACGAUUCAUCAGACAUAUCAUCUUCUGAUGAGAAGCCAAAGAAGAAAUAUAAAGUUUCUAAAAAGUCAAAAAGUGAAUCUUCUUCCAAGGACUCAUCAGACAUAUCAUCUUCUGAUGAGAAACCAAAAAAGAAAAAGAAGAAAUAUAGUGAUAAAACUAGCCAAGAUAUGGGUGAUCAUUUGAAUAUCAAUAGUCUAUCAAAUGUAGUUUCCAGUGAUACAUUGAUUGAAAAUUUCAGCAAUUUUAACCAGAAUGGAAGUCUGAAAGUAUUAAAGGAAGAAGUUUCAUCUGAUGAAGACAACACUCAUGAUAAAAAGCAUAAAAAGAAACAAAGACAGGACUCAUCCCCUUCCCUUGUUGAGGAAUCAAACAAUCCCAUUCUGAAUGGAGGUGUAUCAGACUUGGAUAAAUCUGCAAUUAAUAAAAUUGACAAAUUGUCUAAAAAGCGCAAAAGGGAAAGUGAAUCUUCAUUAAUAGAUACAUCAGAGCUAUCAACUGCAGAUGAAAUGCCAAAGAAAAAGAAGAAACGUAAAGAUAAAAGUGUUUCACUUUUAGAAAAAGAAAUUAAAGAAGCAUUGCUAAAUAUGCCUAUUGAUGAUAUUUCUCGUGCAAAGCUAUCAAAUAUAGUUGAAAUACAUAAGAAAAAGAAGAAACAUAAAGAUAAAUCUAUUCCAGCUCCAGUUUUAGAAAAUGGAAAUAGAAAUGAAUUAGUUGAAGAUCCUGAUGAAAAUAUUGCUACUAUUCUGUCUCUAAAACGGGAAAUAUUUUCACCAGUAAGAACUAUUGAUAAUAUUGUUCCUGAAAUUAAGGACAAAAAGAAAAAUAAAGACAAAAAAACUAAAGAAAAGAAAAGGUCAAAAAAGAAAAAGGGAAAAGUUCUUGGCUCAGGAGCUGUUCUUAAAAAAGAUAGGAAAUCACAUAAAAAAGGCCCAAAGAAAAAUAAGUUAGAUGGUGAACAAUCUAAAAAACACAAAAAAAGUAAAAGUCAUAAAAAAGACAAAAGUGAAAAGAAGAAAAAGAAAGACAAUUCUAAGAGCAAAAAAGUUUCUGAUAAUAUUAAAUCUGAAAUUGAUUAAAUCGAUUCUUUUUAAGUUUGUUUCUCGAAUUGUUUUUUCAGAAUAGUAAUAUCUGAA